UUCAAGAAACAAAGAAACCUCUAAGUGGAAGCAUGAAGGCAUGCAACCAUCAUGGAAAAUAGAAGCCCUCCGGACCCAUUGUAUGUUCUGCGCGGUACAGAAGCAGCCUUAAAUGUCGUCAAGUUUGCUCCAAAGUCUGUUAGGGAAGAAGGACUUCUACUUUCUGGGUCUGCUAAAGGAAUUAUUAGUUUGUGGAAUCUUAAAACAAAAAGAUCAGAGAUAACAUUAGAUGGUCAUGAUGGACAUGCCAUCCUUGCUGCCGAUUUUCACCCUUGUGGGAAUGUGAUAAGUCAUGGCAGGGAUGGGUAUCUACGAAUAUGGCAGUGUUCUGAAGGAAGAAAGGAGGUGGUCAACAGUAUCACAGCUCCUUUUCUUGGAUUUUGUCAGUUUUGUGUUUUGUCAAGAGGAUACAAGUCCCAUUGGAUUGGUCUGCCAUCAGCCAGUAAUUCCCAGGUUAAUAUUCAUGAUCUGGAGGCAAAAGAAAUCUUGUUUGCUCUAAAACCUGACGAUGGAAAGUCACUUGGGAUGUGCAUGUGUAUCUCCUUGAUCUCUGAUCCAGCAACAGACAAGCCCUUCUUGAUCGCAGGUUAUGAAAGUGGUCAGCUUGUGCUCUGGGAUGUUAUGGCUGGAAAAAUCUUGAGUAGAAAUCCAACUCACGCUGAAUCAGUUCUCUGCAUGGAUGUAGACAAAGAGGACCUCAGAAUAGUGUCUGGCUCGGCAGAUAGUAAGCUGUGUGUGUCAUCAGUAACACCUCAGCACAGCAUAACAGUGGAAAAAGAAAUUGAGCUGAAAAACCCAGGCAUUGCUUCAGUCAAAAUCAGGAAAGAUCAUAAAAUACUGGCUACUGGUGGAUGGGAUGGCAGGAUAAGAAUAUACAGCUGGAAAACACUCAAACCAUUGGCUUACCUUAGUUAUCAUACACAAACUAUAAACACGGUGGAUUUCUCAGAAGAUCUGUGUGACCACGGACAGCUCUUGGCUGCCGGUGGAAAAGAUUCCAGAAUUAGUCUGUGGUCUUUGUACAAUGAAAAAUAGUUUCUGAACGGUCAGAAAUUCUUCCUCACGAUGGGAGUCGCAAGGGAAAUUCGUCUCUGCUAAUCUCCUCCAUCACGCAUUUCAAACAACUGGAAAAUGAGCUUUUGAAAUUCUGAACAGUGAAACUACAUGGCCCUUCAGAGAACUCUAUUUAGACUUUCAAACUUUUGUGGGGCUUUGUGAAUCGUUGUGAGCUAAUUUAGUUUAAUCAACUGAGUUGUUCGAUGUUAUAAAUUGACCGCCGUGGAGAAUUUUUAAAACUGACGUUUCGAGUAUUACUCUUUCGUCAGAGCAAAUGUGAGUUGUUGGUCGAGGACGAGAACAGGUACCUAUGGAUAUCAUGGAACUGCAAUAUUAAAUAAA